AUGGCGAAGAGCAGUGACAAAGAUCGAGCAACAGUGGAGAACAUGAGGGAUGUCGAGAAAGCAGGUGUUGCGCAACAGGUGGAAUGUGGACAGGAAUCUGUAGCUGUGAAUGCUACGGCUUCGACAGAAGAUUCGCUGUUAUCCAAGGCUCGGUGUGUAGCACUGGUUGCGGUGCUGACUAUAGCAUCUAUUAUGAGUACAGUGGCGAUACAAGAUUCAGUUAGUGUGCUACCCACCAUCGGACGAGAACUGAGCAUUCCUGCUAGCCGACAGCACUGGAUUGUCUUGUCUUACAAUAUUACAUUUGUACCAUUCCUUAUAUUCAGUGGCCGCUUGGCAGACAUUUACGGCCGACGACGAACAUACCUCCUAGGCUCGUCAUUCUUCACAGCAGCAUCAAUAAUGGCACCCUUUGUCCCGAACGAAAGUGGUUUCGACGCUAUACGCGGACUACAGGGUCUCAGUGCCGCAGCCAUGGCAUCCGCUGCGCUGGGAAUCCUAUCUUCCACAUUCUCACCCGGAAACACCAAAGACAUAGCAUUCAGCUUCUUCGCUAUCGGCGCACCCCUCGGAUUCGUUUUCGGGAACCCCCUUGGCAGUCUAAUCGGCGAGCAUCUCCCCUGGCAAUGGACAUACUGGAUCCUCAGCAUCACCGCCGGCAUCUCAACAAUCGCAAGCUACUACAUCAUCCCACGACCGCCUCCUUCCCCCACCCCCAUCAAAGCCAGCACAAUCGACUGGAUCGGCGCCGCAGUCCUCACACUCGCUCUCAUCCUCCUCGUCCUCACUCUCUCCAACGGCAACAAACUCGGCUGGCGCACCCCCUGGAUCCCCACACUCAUUGUCCUUUCCUUCCUCCUCUUCGCAGGCUACACAUACUGGCACUACCGCCUCUCCAGAACACCCAACAAGACCCCCUUCAUCGCCCCCUUCAUCCUCACCCAAAAGCAACUCACACCCACCCUCGUCAUAUCCGCGCUCCUAACAGCUUCAUACACCAUUUUCCUAGCCACCUCCCUCCGCUGGUUCACAGCAUACCAAACCCUGUCUACUCUGCAAAUCACCUUCAAUUUCCUCCCCGCAGGUAUCUGCGCCCUGCUUGUCGCACUGAUAACACCCCUGCUCCUAUCCCGCGUACCAGGGUUAUACAUCCUACUCUUCAGCACCACGUGCGUAGCUCUAUCCUGUCUCCUCCUUGCUAUACCGCUUCCAGAACAUACGAGCUACUGGGCCUACGGACUCCCAGGGAAGAAGUAG